ACCUCGUAAAGCUCCGGUUUAUUCCCAGGCGUUGCUGUGGGAGGAAGGGAAGGGUUAAAAGGGAGGAAAACCGGGAAUUCCAUCCCGGGAAUUCCGGGAUCAUCCCAAGGGAUCCCAUCACGGCAAUUCCGGGAUCGCUCCCGCCUCUCACCGCCCAUCCCGGCCGGGCCCGCAAUGCCGUGGAACAUCCCCGGCUGAGCCUGGAGGGCUCUGGGCCCUCUCUUCGAUCCCGAUUAUCCCGAUAAUCCCGAUAAUCCCGAUAAUUCCGAUCCCGACGAUCCCGGUCCGGUUCCCGGCGGCUCCGCGGCGCUUCCGCCUCUUUCCGUACACACUCCCACACGUCCCUCCCCUUCCAACAGAACUCGGCGUUCCAUUGGCUGAGCCACUCCGCCUCGCUGCUUUCUCCUCGCUGAUUGGCUCCUGAAACUGUCAAUCAAAUUGGUUGCCGAGCGACGGCGACUGAGGGGCCGCAGUGCGCUUUCCGUACAAUUUCGCCUUCCCACAAUCCCCCUUCUUAAGUCCCGCCUAUUCCGGCGUGUCUCAGCAUCCAAUUGGCUCAUCCCUUCCACUUCUCCGUUUUCUCGUCGCUGAUUGGUUCUUGGAACCGUCAAUCAGAGCGGUUACCAAGCGACGGCGCCAUGUUGAUCCUGCCAUGGCGGCGACCGCGGAGGGGCCGACUCUGCCCGGCGAAACCCCCCGGGCGGCCAUAACCGGGUUGACAGCGGCGCUUUCUGAGCUUUCGUGGCUUAAAUAAACCUAGGCUCGGCCGCGGCCAUGUCCGUGUGUCCGUACGGCGGUUUUCCGUACAACCUUCCUUCCCACAACCCCUUUCUCCCUUAAUCCCGCCCUUUCCACCAGCAAGCCCGCACUCCAUUGGCUGAUUUACCGCUUUGCCGCGGUUUCCGCGGCGCUGAUUGGCUGUUACACCUAUCAAUCUCCCCUGAUUGGCUGUUACACCUAUCAAUCUCCUCUGAUUGGCUGUUACACCUAUCAAUCUCCCCCAGCGCGGCCAUGAUGGCGGAGACGAUGGCGGAGCCCAAGAGCGAGGAGGCCGCGGCGGCCGUGGCUCUGUCGGAGCUGACUGCGCUGCUCUCCCCGUCCUCCCCCGCCGCUCCCGCCGCGGCCGAAGCCGCUCUGGCCCUUUCCGGCAGCGCCUCGGGCCGGGCGAUGCUGGCGGGACACCCCGAGGCCUUAGCGGCCUUGGCAGCCUCGGCCUCGCGUGGAUCCGAAGCCGCCUUGGGCGCCUUGGUGAACGCGUCCUCCGAGGCCGCGGCGCUGGAGCCGCUCCUGGCCGCGCUCCCUUCUCUGGUGCCGCUUCUGGCGAGCUCCGGAGGGGCCUGCGGGGUGCUGGCCAACCUGUGCCGGGCUCCGGGAGCGGGGCCGGCCGUGCUGAGGGCGCUGGGGCCCGGGGCCGAGGCGCUGCUGGCCGCCCUGAGGGCGGAGCGGCCGCCGGAGGAACUCGGGGCGCUGCUCUGGAACCUGAGCCGGGACAGGAUGGGAAGGGAGAUGCUGAUGGAGAGAUCCGGGUGAGAGGGGAGAUAAAGGG